AUGUUAGACUUUGUCGGAGUUUCUAAAAUGAUGAAGACCAUAGUUAAUAGAAAAAAAGAUAUAGAAGGAAAUGCUAUAAGCUGGUUAAAAACUAAAGAAAUAAACAUUUUUAAGAAUAGACCUAGUCGGAUAUUUCUCUCAACCUGUCAUGGCGGUCAAACCCAUGAAGUAGAUCUCAAUAAAAAACCAAAAAGAAGGGCAAUAAAUAACCCAUUGACGUUAUCAAGACAUUAUGAGCAACUUUGGCCACAAGGCAAACCUAUUUCUCAACCAAAGCUAGAGGAUAUAAAAUUCCUCCUUCACCUCGUCCCAUCUGAUGCGAGAAAAUAUUACGAAAAUUUAACUGGAUCUCGUGAUUUAGAAGAUGAUGUUGAAGGUUUUGAUGGAUCUAUUGAUAUUGAAGUAGUAGUAUUGUUGUAG